UUGUUGUUUCGUGUGCUUGUGUGUGGUUGUUGUUGCAAACUCUUAUUGCAUUUGUUAGUUAAUUAAAAUUGAAAUCAAUCAGCCAGAGCAACAACAGCACACAAAAGCAGCAAAAGUGCAGCAACGCAAUGAGAAAGUGAAAAGAAAUGUGAACAAAGUGAACACCACACAUCGUGCAAUCAUGCAUUUCUCGAUACCGGACACACAGGAGGAUUCAACAUCGUCAUCAUUAUCAUUAAAUGGGCGGCGAAGUGGGAAUGGCAAUGGCUAUGGCGCGCCCACAUCCACCUUUACGGUGUACAAUAUCUAUCUGAAUGGUAAUUUUCAUUGCUGCCUACGGUACAAGCAGCUCCAUGCUCUUAACGAGCAGCUGCGUAGGCGUUGCCUGGACUUGGAUAUGGAUGUGGCGACCCUGCCUCCAUUUCCGCCCAAACGCCUGUUGCCGCUGACCAACAGCCAACUGGAGACGCGACGCGCUGCCCUCGAGCACUAUUUACAGAUCAUUGGUCAGGACGGGCGAAUUGCUCGUUUGCCGUAUCUACAACAAUUUUUGCAGCGCGCCCAGCUGGAAACGGCCCUGACCGAAGGUAAUGUAAGCAGCGAUCAGGAUGAACAGAAACUGGAGGUGAUGGUCUAUGCCAAUAACCGAGACGGACGACAAUUGCUGGUCAAUUGUCAUGUUCAGCAGAAUGCCAGCUCCCUGCUUGAGCGCAUAUGCCGGGCUCUCCAUCUGCCCGAUGAAUUGAGGCAAUAUUUUUGCCUCUAUUUAAUGCGACGCGAGGCAGAGACAGAUCAAAUUAUAUUGCUAAGGCGUCUGAUGGAUUUUGAGGCCCCAUUUAUUACAAGACUUCAUGCCCAACCUUGUCAAUUGCUGUUACGCACCUGCUACUGGAAUCCCCGAUGGGAUACAAAGCUGCUUGGCAAUAAGGUGGCCCUGGAUUUGCUAUAUCAACAAACUGUCGCCGAUGUCUAUCAAGAGUGGAUCAUAUGUAAUCCGGAGAUGCGCAGACAAUUGAAUCAUCUUCAGGCGCAGGGACAUCCUUUACCGUACUUGGAGCUGGCAAGUCAACUGCCCUCCUAUGGAUGCCUGCAGUUUAGAGCCUCUUCGGUUGACUACCCCGAGCCGGAGACCAGUGCUCUGAUAACAAUUGGCAACAAAGAAUUGAGUUUACGCUCAACACGCGGACAUAAGAUCUAUGAGACGAAAUUUCGUGUAACCAGAAUGCGUUGUUGGCGCGUGAGUGCCCUGCAUAAUACAUUCGAGUCGCGGGAUCAGCCGAGCCAAUUGCAAUUGGCCUUUGAGUAUCUGAUGUCCAAGCAAACGUUACGUUGGAUAACCAUAACCAGUGAGCAGGCCAUGCUAAUGUCUGUGUGUCUCCAAGCAAUGGUGGAUGAGUUACUGCAUGGCAAUGGCAGCGAUGGUGGAAACGGCGAUAGUGAUGAUGAUCUGGAAAAUGUAGCUGGGACAUCUGGUUCGUCUCUAUCCACACCCAGUUCGGUAUCAUCCACAUCCACAUCGAAUGCAACAUCAUCAGCAUAUACAAUGGCCAACACCAACACGGCAACAAUUGGUGGCGAUUCCAUUAAUCCGCCUGUUAAAUUUCUAGCACAACGUCUGGCCCCCACAUCCAGGCAACAACAUAAACUGACCACAGCUCGAACCUUUGCCGCUGUUUUCUUUCGCAACGAUUCGCGUAACGGUGGAGAAGAAGAUCCGCGAGCAGCUGUCCGUAAUGAGGCCUUUGAGGGCAUUGGGGAUGAUGAUCUUUAAGGUGGGAACUAUUUUCCAUAUGUAAGAGUCCUAGAAAAACAAAACGUGAAAAAAACCUAUCCAAAAUACCUAAGUUACGUAUGAUAAGAAACAAAAAAAAAACGGAGCUCAAAACCAAGUCAAUUUGGUGCCAAAAAGAAAUUUAAAAUUUUUUUAAAAAUUAUUCUCUAAAAUCUCAAUACUCGUUAUUUUUUGCAAAAUGAAAUUUACUAAAUUUGUGGAAAAUUUUCUAAACUAAGUGCUCAAAAUUUACCUGUCUAUAAUUUCAAUUGGAAUCAAAUCAUACAAGUUGAGAUAAUGUAUUUAAAUAGUCUGAUAUUGAAAACAUUUCCCCAUAGUUUUGAAUUUUCGCUAUGUUAAAAGUCUGAAAUCGACAAAAUGGCAGCUAACUUUACAUUAUUCAAGUCGUUGGUUGAAAUUUUAACGCAGUGCGAAACUCAGUUAUUUUAUUUUGAACAAUAUUUUGAUUUGUACGUCAUCAAAAGUAACCUUCAAAACACGAAAAUCUCGUUAUAUACCUAUUCCACUCUAAAACUGAUCUCUAGAUGAGAUCACUUUUAAGAUUUUGUGCGCCUAAGCUGUAGGUAGUAGUAUUUUUAAUAGAAACGAUUUAAAAUUAAUUUCUUGUUUUUUUGUUUCUACUAUAUAACAUUCGCUCUCUGGUGCUGCCAAAAUGUAAUGAAAAGAAAAAAAAAAAAACCAAACUAAGAAACUCUGAAUGUGCAUUUUUUGUUGAGGUCAAUCUAUUGAUGAUAAUUGAAAUGAGAAGGAAAAUGAUUAAUGAACGUAGUGUUGUGUUAUUAAGAAUGCUCAGAUAGGAUUUUAUGUUACUAAUACUAAUAUACAACAUAAAAAAAAUAAAUAAUUUAUAUGUAUAUGUGUAUAUGUAUAAUAUUAUACUUCUUUUGUAAAUGAAAUUUUUAUGAUUAUACUUUUUACUACCAUUCUCUGAAAUAUUAUUUUUAUGUACAAUGUAUGUAUAUGCGCUGUUAGUUUGUAAAUCUAUUAUUAACAGUUAAAUACAACAAAAAUUAUAUAUGUUAUGCAUUUUAUAAAAAUAAACGUAAUGCAAAUUGCGACAAAGUGGGUAAAUGUGAA